GUUUUAUUUUAAUUGUUCUCUCUUCUUCCCCGAAAUCUCCAGAACACACACAGAAUUAUUCCAUUUUGAGUUCCUAAUUUCUUUAGAUUUUGACUCUCUGCAUUGAUUUUUUGGAAAAACCGGUGAGUUUUAGGGAAUUUUUGUAAAUCUUAGGGUGUGAUUGUUGAAAGAAAAAGAGAAUUGGGAAAAGAUCUGGGGAUUUAGUUUGUUCAUUUGGAGUGGGAGAUUGUUGAUUUCUUGAAGAUUGAUUAGAAAUGGGAAGAAGUUACGCGUGGCUUGGUUGAGGUUGAGGGGUGUAAUGCUGGUUUCUAAAAAAAACAGUCUUAAAUGGGAACACAGAUCCUCAACACUCACGCUUCCUAGAGAUCUGUAGCUUUUUGUCUUAGAAAUAGUGCCAUCAACCGACACAAUACAAGAUGAUGAGAAUGAAGACUAAACCCACCGGCCUCUCGCAUAUGAAUGGCGGCGGAGGAGUUCGUGGCGGUGAAUCUGGGUCAGAGUGGGAGCUUAGACCAGGAGGAAUGUUAGUACAGAAGCGAAACCCAGGGUCGGAUCGGAGCUCCAUUCCUCCACCGACAAUAAGACUUAGGGUUAAAUACGGGUCAACCUAUCACGAACUCAGCAUUAGCUCUCAAGCUACAUUUGGGGAGUUGAAGAAGCUGCUGGCAGGGCCGACGGGGCUGCAUCACGAAGACCAAAAGCUGAUGUUCAAAGAUAAAGAGAGGGAUUCAAAAGCAUUUCUUGAUAUUUGCGGAGUCAAAGAUAAGUCCAAAAUUGUGGUGGUGGAAGACCCAAUUAGCCAGGAAAAACGUUUUCUUGAAAUGAGGAGGAAUGCCAAGAUGGAGAAGGCUUCUAAGUCCAUCUCAGAAAUCAGUCUUGAAGUUGACAGGCUCGCCGGCCAGGUUUCGGCUCUUGAGUCUAUAAUUAGUAAAGGUGGAAACAUUCCGGAGAAAACUCUUCUUAAUUUGAUCGAGUUAUUGAUGAACCAAUUGCUCAAAUUGGACGGAAUUAUGGGUGAUGGAGAUGUUAAACUACAAAGGAAAAUGCAGGUGAGAAGAGUUCAAAAGUACGUAGAGACUUUAGAUAUGUUAAAAUCAAAGAACUCGACGCCUAAUGGCAGCAAUGGAAAUCACAAACCAACGCAUUCAAAUGGACAAAGACUAGCCCCAAUUCAGGAACACCAGCCAAGGCCUUCCAAUGGCCAUAAUCUAAUACCGAUAGACGAGGAAGAGCCGCCCAGGCGCUCUGAUAUUGGUCAUUCCUCCAUUCAGCAGCAACAGUCGUCGAGACGUUCCACAUCAGAAGAGGUUGUCUUUACCACGCAAUGGGAAACAUUUGAUUCUACGCCGCCAUUACUGUCGUCAUCAUCUGCAUCCAAUUCAGCCCCAAAUAAUAGUAAUAAUAAUUCAGUUCAUCAACCAAAAUUUCCUUGGGAUUUCUUUGGCUGAGAUUUACGACAAGUAGUAGCUGUUCUGUUUUAAAUGUGUGUUGAUGUGCUUUUGAUUUGUCUGCAGUUGGUUUGUUAUAAAUAGGGUCUCCAUUCUUUGAUGUAUUUAAAUUUGUUUGGACCCCUGCCUUUAAUCUCCCAUUGAGUUCAACAAAUAAAUGGGGUAGGCUGCUGCUUCUAUAGUCCAUUAUUGUAAUCAUAGUUGUUGAAUUGUUCUCCUCCUCCUAAAAAAAUAUUCAUUUGCCAUUUGUAUGUUCUGGUUUUUGAUAAUGAUAGAGACAUGCAAAUAUGAAAAUUGUAGAUUCCACUUCAAAUUAAUGGAGAAGAUUUAUAAUUUGGGCAUUCAA